UUGGUGGAGCUAUAUGGACUCUUUAAAAAGCACCAAGUGGACUUCGUUGCAUUUUUGCUGCCAUUUGAGGAAGGGAGACCUUUGAAUUCGUCAAAAGCCAGGGUAUCACCAUAUCAUGGGAAGACAAGACCAUAGCUUCCCUCUGGGAGCCAGCGGCCGGUGGGUGGGACCGUGCGAAUGAAGAUUUUCAUGUUGCGACAGCGAGACUGGUGAGUACCUGGACCGCAUGUACCUCGACGAGUCCUUGCACAUCAAUAUCAAUCGUGCAUUGGGCAUGGAUAAGAUAUUCCAUACUAUGCACGACUUUCCAUACCUGAACAUCGCAGGCAAAGACAAAAUGGGCCAAACGCUACUACAUCACGCGGCGAGUAGUGGGAAUGUGCCGGCAAUUGAAUAUCUCCUGAGAAGAGGUCAUCCAAUAGAUGUAACAGACUAUCAUUCCCAAACAGCUCUUUUCUAUGCUGCCAAAAGCUGCAAAGCAGACGCAGUGCGGGUACUUCUAGAACAUGGCGCUCAUUUAAGCUUCCGCGAAGGUGAUGAUGCCUUGACAAUAAUCAAGGCUUGCCUGAUUGACUAUGAACCUAAAGUGUCAAAAUCAGUCAUUUCAGGAAUAGUGGCUCCGAUCUUAUCUGAUAAGAUCGACAGCCCCUCAUAG